AUGUUGGGCGAGAAAUGCCAGGCCCGUAAAGUUGCAGGUCCAAUGGAGCAACAGCUUGCUACGAGGAGCGAGAAUCGCACGAGAAAAAUCUCCCCUGUUUGCUGCGGCUCCUGUCCCAGAGCAGUUCCGCAAAUGAAGGAGCAGCAUGGUAAGUGCUCGGGUAAACAAAGGAGAGAGCCCAUUGAUAGUACGGAAACUCCAUACCUGAGUCACGUUGUAAAUGCCGCACAUCAUCUGAUGGAUCGUUCUGGCAACAGAACUAUUAGUAGUACGCAGCACAGAUGCAUAAAACAUAAAUAUGGUCCGAAGUGCUCCACGACCCAUCAGAAAAACGCAUACAAGGCUCUACAGACACAGUUGACUAUGCCUCUUUCCUCCACCUUGUCGUCGCCUGACCGGUACGGCGAUAGAAAAGCCCAGCAGCAGAAGAAGAAGAGAGUCGGCAAGGCUUGCGAUUCUUGCAGACUCAAGAAGACCAAGUGCUCAGGCAAACAGCCUUGCGAGAAGUGCCAGGCUGACAACAAAAUCUGUAUUUACACCGAGCGUAAAAAAAGCAGGGACAAAAGCUACUCCUAUGAUUACGUCGAGCUGAUUGAAAAGAGACUGCGCAUAGUCAACAAGGCUUUGAUUAACCUCUCGGAAAUGGUGAAGCUCAAUAAAACGGGAGAGUUGCAACAGUUUGCGCAGAGCAUUACCUACAACGAGGACGAUGAAGGUGUUCCAAUUUCCAUCAACCAGGCCAUUUCGCUGCUCGUUGACAAGUCGGACGUUGUAGACCAUUCUGACAGCGAGACGAAUCCCGAGCACUGGCAGGGCCACAUCUCUAAGACCGAGUCUCAGGACAGCGCUCUUGAAGAGUCCUCGGGAUCAGCUGUUCCGCAGCCGGCGGUCAAGAAGGAGGAGCUUUCUGCAGGCUUCAUCCCAUAUUCGUCGCCAGAUUCGCUUACCCCAAGAUCGGACGAUCCGUUCUCGCCUCUUCCCCAGAAUGACUUCAGUGCGGAGUUUAUGUUUGAGCAGCAAACAAACUCGACCCGCCUCGACGACAUAAAGGAGGAAAAGAACGACGAUUUCUUAAAUCAGAUGAGCCCCAUGCCUACGAGUCUUAUGAUGGACGCGGUCCAGCCCCCUCCUGUGGAAAACGAAUCUUACGAUAAUUACACUUCGAUGACCCCCGCACAGUUUGAUGUGAGCGGAUUUAAAUCCGGGGCAGGCUUAGCAGCUGCAGCUGUCAAUGGCCUUCUGGGCCGCUCGCAAGCCUCUGGCUCCGGUUCCGGAUUCAUGAUGUCUGACUUCGAUCUUAAUUCCCCACCGUCGAUACUGGCCACCUCGCCUGAUUCCGUGUACAACUCCAAAACGGUCAUUCCUGCCUCGAUGAACCUGUCGCGCAACGACAGCUCGUAUUCGUCCUACUUUGGCGAAGAUUCCUACAUCGAUUCUGCACACCCUCCAAGCAACCUGCAGAGAUCUGCAUCGACGAGGUCCACAGACAGCGGAAACAGAAAACACGGAACGUUACGCGGAAACCACCAUUCGUACUCGCAGCACCCUCAUCCAUACAAAAAGACAUCACACUCUGUCGGCAGUGCGCUUGUUUCCCCGCUAUUGAAGGAUGAGCUCCUCAGUAUAAACUAA